AGCGGCACAGAACCCUCACCCAGUGCAUCACAGUGACGUCCUGUGCGGAUAGACAGAUAGAUGCCCUUACAGAUGUUAUAAUAGAUCUAUCGCAAUCAUAUUUUCUUUAUGUGAAAGGGCGUCUGGAGCCUGCGAGAAACAGCAGCAUGCAGCGGAGCGCGGUGUUCGUGAUGGCGGAUAAAACGAGUCUGAAAAGGCCGUUCAUUUUCGCAAACGCCGUGCAUAUGGCGCUGUGCUUCUUCAUGCUGACGAUGACAGUAGCUUGGCACAGAGACCUCUUACUGACUGGCAAACUGGUCUCCAAUGUUUCCGUAGUGAUAAUGUACGUGGUGGAGAUCGGCUGUCUGCUGCUGUCGGUGCUCGGUGUGAUCGGAGCCUGUAAAGGGAAGAGGUGGUGCUUAAUUCUGUAUGCAACUGGGAUGGCAGCAGCCAGUCAAACAAUUAUUGUGAGAACAGCGCUAAGCUACCAAGAUGUAUAUGAGAAACGCGUGGUCCGUGAAGAGGCCAAGUUAUUGUCCAUGAUGCCACUCAGUUCAACCAACAAAGCCAACAGGACCCUGCUGUACAGUAUUCAACAGGAAUUUGAGUGCUGUGGUCUUAUUGAAGGAUACAAAGACUGGGGCCCUACCAUCCCUGCCUCCUGUAACUGUCACUAUCCAGGAAAAUGUAUUCGACUACGAGGCAUCGCCACACUCGGGGCUCCAAAGAACCAGUAUGUUUAUCAAAAGCCCUGCCUACCCAUUUAUGUUUCUGAACUGAAGCUCGCCUUCUCGUUGGCGAUGGCUGUGCAAUUUGGAAGUGGAGUAUUUUGGGUGGUGUUACUGGUGAUGAGCAUCAAGCUGAUGGGGCAGAUUCGAAGGAAACAGGAGUUCAUGGCUCUUCUCCAGUCCAACAGAUAUGUCCCCGGGGCCUUCUAGUCACCUCGUAUGUUUUGAUACACACCUCAAACUAUAAUCAAGCGUACCUAAUUUGUAUUUGCACAUACAUGUAACACAAUAAUGCUGUAUACCAUAUCCUAGCUGUGCUAUAGCAACAUAUGUUGACAUUAAAAUGUUCUGUUAAUGCAUGUGACUGAUAUUGAAAAGUAACCUACAUGCAAUGAUUUGGCCUUACUGCUGUAAAAACAUUGCAAUUUAAUGAAGUAUUUAAUAAUCAGCACAUUUUCAAAUGCUUUUGUCAUACCUCUGAAGUUAUUAAUUGAAAUGAAUAUCUUACCAAGCAUUAACCAGCCAUCUGUUUUCUUUGAGGAGCUGGAGUUGACCACGGCAUUUUUUCCUUAACAGUAAGUGAUGUGUUAUCUGGAUAAUAACGAGAUGAUAUUUACCUCCAUUUCCUUCAUACCGGGACGCAUUUUGGAGGACAGAUAAUAAUGUAAUUGCAUAUACAGAACUUAAUCAAUAGGUUUAAUACAACACCUGGACCAACUAUUUCAAGAUUCAUAGUAGUCUUUACAUCACAUUACAUUAUUAGUCUUUACAUUACAUUUUCAGCAUUAGAGCAAGUAAUAAUCUUUGAAAGAAUUGUAAUAUUAAUAACCCUUAUGUAGCACCUUUCUUAAACAGUGUUUACAAAGUGCUUUGAUUGAAAUAUAAUCAUUUAUUUAUUAUCAAGCAAUGUAUUUUUCUUGGGUGAAUAAUCAGGUUAGACAAUGCAAUGAGCAUCAGCUCUGGGAAUGUCUCGAUGCCUUGUUAUGCACAAUGUAUAUUUGACUCUUCAUCACUCCAUUCAGUUGUUAUUAAAGCACAUUAAGUCGGGUGUAUGGUACGGUGGCCGACAGGUGCAAACACGCUACAACAGUCAGACAUAUUUUCCACUAGGAGAAACGCGAGGCAGCUUCAGAACCGAAAUACGGAAAGACAAAUGUGUCGAGACACACGCAAAUGAAGAAACAUCUUUACAAACUUGAUAACACAUGCCCAGCAUUUAGAAAACAUUCACCAACAAGCCAAAAACAUGCACAGCGUUUACUGAAAGCGCUGCAUUAACCAAGUGCUGCAAAUCAAAAAUGGUACAAAUUUAGAAAAAGCUGCAAGAAGUUCAAAACACAGCGGACACUAAACAUUGAUGCACACAGCUGGGACCGGUGCACUUGUUGACGUUCUUGGAUUGUAAAUGUGCGUUUUAUUGGCUUAUUCAGAGAUUCAAGGCGUUAAUGUCAUGACCCCAGUAGAUAUGGCAAUGAAAAGUCCCAAGCUCUUCCAACAAUGCAUCAUGAAGCUCCGGAACAAAUCAAGAGACCACUUCAGCAUAAUCAUGUUCUCUUGUUUUACUAUUUAUAGUUAUAUAGAGUUCUAAAAACUACUGAAAAGCUGCAUAUAGAAAAUAACACAAAUAAAACCAAUAAAAGUAGUGAAAGAAAUAACAGAAUAGAAAUAAAAUAGUGCAAGAGAAUAAUAAUCAUUUUAUCUGAUUGCAUGAUUCCUUCCGAUACUUCUAAGUUAGCUAGCUAGCUUACAGCAACUCAGCAAUAAUAGAUGAAGGAACAUGUGGUCACGUUGUUAAAAUGGGUAACUUUACGAUAACGGUGACAGUUGGCCAUCAAGUUGGCGUCAAGUUGGUAAACAUGUUUCUUCAUUUGCAUAUGUUUAGUGUUUUUAUAUUUGCACUGUUUCUGAAUCUGCAGCUCGUUUCUCCGAAUGGAAAUGUUUUGGGCCGCUGCAGCUGGUUUGCACCUGUCGGGCCACCGUAGUAUUACCCCCUAAGAGGAAAAUGGAUUCUGUUUGGUUGCACAUUCAGUAGACAUGCAGUAAAUCCUCAAAUAUUUUGCCCCCAAAAAUAUGCUUUUUUUGGCGAGGCCGCUGCAGAAAGGUUGUGAGAGGCUCUUGUAAGAAAAACGCAUCACCAAUAUUCUCGUGUCCCAACUGAUGCCGCUCUCACCGAAGAAGCCUUUACGCCACAUCACUCCUAACAUGUCUGCAUGAGCUGCCUGCGGUGGAAAUGUCAUCAUUGAACAAUAAACUGUCAAAUGAUCUUCAUCUGAAACAGCAGAUCCAAUGUCUACCUGUGCACUUUAACCAUAAUGCCUAAUAUCAGUAUGUUCUUGCAAAGUAUGGUAUUUCUUAUUUCCGUCAUAAACUGUUUUUUUUUAAUUAUGUUUCAUUUAUGGAAUGAACUCAUGUAAUAUAUUUUGUAAAUAGCAGGAAUAAAAUAUGUGAUUCUUGA